AUGUUCUCCAUCGAUCGGGUCUUCCGAAAUGAGACGCUGGACGCGACACAUCUCGCCGAAUUCCACCAGGUAGAGGGCGUGAUUGCCGAGAAAAACCUGUCGUUGGCCCAUCUGAUCGGCAUCUUCACCGAAUUCUUCAAGAAGCUCGGAAUCGAAGGGCUGAAAUUCAAGCCCACCUACAACCCCUACACCGAGCCGAGCAUGGAAAUUUUCGCCUACCACCAGGGCUUGAAAAAAUGGGUUGAGAUUGGCAACAGCGGCAUGUUCCGACCGGAAAUGCUGUUGCCGAUGGGACUGCCAGAAGACGUGAAUGUUGCUGGAUACGGGCUGUCGUUGGAACGGCCAACAAUGAUCCGGUACGGCAUCAACAACAUUCGGGACCUGUUCGGGGCAAAGGUCGACCUGGAGAUGAUCCGGAAGACGCCGAUCUGCCGGCUGUCCAAGAAGGAC